ACUUCCGCGUUUUAGACCCUCCCGUUAUAACCGUCGUUCCUUUCCCCGAUCAAAAUGUGAACCAACUUUGAACUUCGAAAUCGCGAAGUCUACAAAAACAUAGAAGAGACUCUCCAAAGAUUUUUAAAACAUAGAAAUCACAAUAUAUGGAAAUAAGCCAGGACUUUCAAAUGUAUGAAGCUCGAUACAAAAAAUCAUGACACUUUCUGUAUCAAGAAAAACGUGUUGUCGUGUGUUUUUGAAGUGUACAGCACCCACUAAAUCUGGAUACCGUCACAGACAUGGAAUCCGACGUGUUGUCGUAACUGGUCGUGGAGUUGUAUCUUGUCUUGGUGUUGGAGCUGACAUUGUAUGGCAAAGACUUUUGAAAGGUCGCUGUGGUAUUACCUCUCUGGAUGGGAAAGAGUAUGAUGGAAUUCCAUGUAGAGUAGCAGGUUUAAUACCAAGGGGAGAUAAGUCAGGCCAGUUGAAUAUUGAUAAGGUCAUUGAACCAUCCAAACAGAGGACAAUGUCUGAAGGCAGUAUGUAUGUUCUGGUAGCCGCUGAAGAGGCUUUAAAUGAUGCAAGAUGGAAACCAGUCACAGAAGAGGAUAAGAUUAGAACUGGAGUAGCCAUUGGUAUGGGAUUAGUAGGAAUGAAAGAGAUUUACCAGACUAAAGAGAUGAUGAACCAGAAAGGCUACAAAGGAGUUCAUCCACAUUUUUUACCCAAGAUACUUGUCAACAUGGCUGCUGGCAAUGUCAGUGUCAAAUUUGGACUGAAGGGACCAAACCAUGCAGUAUCAACAGCCUGUACCACAGGAUUACAUUCCAUUGGUGAUGCUUGUAGAUUUAUACAGCACGGAGAUGCAGAUGUGAUGAUAGCUGGUGGAACUGAAGAAAGUCCUAAUCCACUAUCUGUUGCAGGCUUCUCCAAGAUGAGAGCACUAAGUACAAGAUAUAAUGACAAUCCUAAACAGGCAUCCAGGCCAUUUGACAGGAAACGUGAUGGUUUUAUUAUGUCUGAAGGAGCAGCUGUGCUAGUUUUAGAAGAACUAUCUCAUGCUUUAAAUAGAGGAGCUACAAUAUAUGCAGAAAUUUUAGGAUACGGUUUAUCAGGGGAUGGACAUCACAUAACUGCACCUAGUGAAGAUGGCAAUGGGGCUUAUAGAUGUAUGAAUUCAGCAUUAAAUGAUGCUCAAGUAGAAAGUAGUCAGAUUGAAUAUGUUAAUGCACAUGCUACCUCAACACCUUUAGGGGAUAUGGCUGAGAGUAAGGCAAUAAUGAAAUGUUUAGGGGGAAACUCAAAUUUAAGAGUUUCCUCUACAAAAGGUGCCACAGGACAUUUACUAGGUGCUGCCGGUAGUAUAGAAUCUUUGUUUACUGUGAUGUCUUGUUACUCAGGGAAGAUUCCAGCUACGUUGAAUUUACAUGAACCUGAUACAGGCGUAGAUUUAAAUUAUAUUGCUAAUGACUCAGUGGAUUGGACAUCACAAUCAUCUAAACGUAUUGCAUUAACUAACUCUUUUGGAUUCGGAGGAACAAAUGGAUGUCUAUGUAUAUCAUCUUUUAUUCAAUGAAAUAGAAUGCUUUUUGAUAUACAAUGUUAUUCAAGUUAUACAAGUUUAUAAGUAGGUUGGGAAAUUUAAAACAGUAGUUAAGGCAAAUGUAAUGAGAGACAUAUCAAAUUCAAUUUUGCAAAAUUCUAGCUUUGAUUUGGAGAAUUCUUAGAAUCAUGCCUUCUUGAUACAUUCAUAAAUUUAAUUUCAAAAUAACAGAUGCUACCAUCUUAGUGGGUCACCAUUUUAUGGAGGGGGAGCCGCUAGGAUAAAAUUUAAGAAAAAGGGCAGGACAGGAGUUUUGAGUAUACAAAAAGGUAUCUCUGAUCUAUCAUUUUACAGGAGUUAUGAGCCUUUGAUAGUUAUCUUACAAGGCUUUUAAUUUGCUACACCAGAAGGGAAUUUCAUCUUCAUCAGACUUAUCAGUGAUGCUCAGAUCAAAAUAGUAAGAAAGCAAC